GCGAAAGCUUUGUUAUUUGCUGGUGGGUGGUGCUGCGGUGAGGAGCGGCCACGGAACUGAACCUGUGCAGGAGAAGGCGGUUGGAUGGUUUUGAAGACCAUGAUGCUGGAGCACUUUCUUCUCUCGCCGCCGGCGUCGCCCCGGCUAGAGGACAACUACACACAGGACGCCAUGCUGGCUGCCAAGAGCCUGAUGUCGCUGUCGGCGGCGCGGCGGCCGCGCAGCCCGUCCGGCCUGGCGCCGACGCCGCCGCACAGCGUCGUCUCGUCCGACUCCGAGGCGGAGGAGGCGGCGCCGCAGGUCGCGCGCGCUGCUGCCACCGCCGCCGCCGCGUCGUCCCGACAUGACUCCGUGCUGGCCAAGCUGCUGUGCGACCGGACAGGCCCUGAGCUGCCGCUGUCGCCGGCGUCUCCCUGCGCCGCCGCCGCCCGACCAGCCGCUCGCCAGUCGGUUAUCUUCCGCGCCCACAAGGACGGUACGGCGUCGCCGCAGCCGCCAGUGGCGCGGCAGCAGCAGGAGCAGCAGGCGCCCGGCCAGGUGAUCCGCGUGCCGCCGGCGUUGCUGGCGCCGGUCGGCCAGCGGCUGGCCGCCCCCGCGCCCGACCGGCAGCGCGCCUACUGCUGUCAGCACGCCGGCUGCGACAAGACGUACUUCAAGUCUAGUCACCUCAAGGCUCACGUCCGCACGCACACCGGCGAGAAGCCGUUCGCGUGCCAGUGGCCCGAGUGCGGGCGCACGUUCUCCCGCUCCGACGAGCUCUCGCGCCACAAGCGCACGCACACCGGCGAGAAGAAGUUCGCCUGCGACGUCUGCCUGCGCCGCUUCAUGCGCUCCGACCACCUCACCAAGCACAUGCGCCGCCACGCGCGCGACCGCAAGAGCGUCAGUGUGCCGGACGUGCGUCAGAGGGCAGUGGUGCGGCCCUACCUCAUCCUGAGCGCGACGGCCGUGUGAGCGGUCUCCCCCGCCGUCACGAGAACGUCACGAGGGGACGGACAGUACCUGACGCGGGCGCCGGCCGGGGGCGGCCUGAGCCGCCGGCCGGCGCGCCUAUUUAUUUUGUUUCUAUUUAUGUGUUCGUGUAUGCAGCUUUAAUGAACGUGAUAAUAUACGCCACGCGCGGUGAACGUCUUUGAGAGAUGUGUUCGGCUGGCGAAUCGUCGCGUCCCGCUGUUGAAGCCAGACCGGUACAGAUCCCCGGCUCGGGGGAUUCUGGGCCGUAUCCUGUUUACACCAGCCCUCAUCGGAACCCGCUCAGGCGGCGUGCGAGAUACGAUCCAGCGGCGAGACGGCCCGCUAUCGCGGGCUGUAAAUACGGCGCGACGGGCUGCGGCCGCACUAACAGGGCGCCGACACCAG